AUGGAAGUAACCAGAGAAGUAAGGGGUUUGGUUCUACUUGCGGUGGUGUUGAUGAUCAGCCCAUGUAGCGUUGAUGGAAUGGAUGGGUUUGAGAGAGACAAUGGGGUUCCUGGGUGGUCCAAUGCUAGUUCCAGCAAUAUGGUCUCAAGUGAGAACCAUGCUUUUAUUGAUAAUGUACAAGAAAAAGGCACGAAUUUUUCUCAAGAAAUUUUUGUCCAAAGCAACGGUAAUGUUCACAGUGGAGGGAAAGGAGGAGACACUGGUGGUGGCGGCGGCGGUGGUGGGGGAAAUGCUGGAGGUGGCAGUGGCAAUAGCAAUGGUAGAGGAAAAGGAAAACCACACUGGAAAAGAAAAGGUAGGGGCAAUGGAGGGGGAGGUGGCGGAGGUGACGGAAAUGGUGGUGGAGGUGGUGGAGGUGGUGGAGGCAGUGGGGGAGGAGGUGGCGGAGGAAACGGCAAUGGUCAUGGUCAAGGAUGGGGCGGAGGAAAUGGAGGGGGAGGAGGCGGGGGAGGGGGUGGGAAUGGUGGAGGAGGAGGAGGUGGUGGAGGCAAUGGUGGUGGGGGAGGUGGAGGAGGCGGGGGAGGGAGUGGGAAUGGUGGAGGAGGAGGAGGAGGAGGGGGUGGAGGCAACGGUGGUGGGGGGGGAGGUGGUGGGAAUGGAGGAGGAGGAGGUGGCGGUGGUGGAGGAGGAGGCUGGGGUUGGGGAGGUGGCAACCAGGGUAGAUGCUGGAUUUGGGGAUGUGGUGGGUCAAAAAAAUCAUUUGGAGGGCGGACUAGUUCUCCCAUACUGAAGCCAAACCAUGCACAUUAA